AUGGACGGUUUCGAGGAUGACGAUCCCUUUGAGUGGUCAAUCGAUCAAGUUAUCGCUCACCUUUGUCAUUCCUCUGCGCCGUGGGCUCGUUCUUCGCUUCCUCGUCCCGACUCAACAACCCUCGAGACAUCCCUUCGAGAGAAUGAUGUCACGGGAGAAAUACUACUCACAGAGAUAAACAAGGUGACGCUGGCUCAAGAUUUAGGUUUGAAAUCACUUGGGCAGCGCGCUACAAUAUUUAGAGCAGUCGAGGAACUACAGAAGCGGUCGCGAAAAUACGCAGAAUAUAUACAGUCACGCCAGGUCAACCCAUCUUAUCCUAUCGAAACCACACGCCAAACCGCGCCCAGCUCGAGCCGCCCCCCCGAGACACCGUUUCAUGCCAUUGCUUCUGCUGGGGCUGGCCCCGCUGCGCACAGUAGGACAACUGCUGUAUCCCAAAGUCCCAGCAGAGUAUCGGAGGCACAGAGGCAGGAAACAGCUUAUUUGGCAGCCACAGGCAGUGCUUCAGUGAACUGUCGGUCAAACGAGGCUUAUGUCAUUGAUAGGACCGGGAAAAAACGUCGCAAGUUAUUCCUGAGACAACGCCAGUCCCAUAGAACUGAGACUUGGGAAGAGAACUCUAGGAUUAAUCGAUCUUCUGCUUAUCUAGGGCCUACAAAGGUGACACUUCCAGAUCUCUUUUACAAUAACAUGGAAGACAGUGACGACGAAGCCUUUGUAUUGGAGGGAGCAAAAUGCCCCAUUGGCCAAAAACGUUUUGUGAACAAACGUGUCCAGCACUACUUUCUAGAGGAGCACUUUUCAAUACAAACUAAAGAAGGAAAGAAUGCCGUUGCCAUAUUUCCAUACAGCUCGAAAAUUCUACCUCCGGGCGAACUACAAUUUUUCACGCUAUUCACGCAGGACCAGGGGAUUGUCAAGGUCACAAAAGAGGACAUCAUUGACUGGCCUCAAUUCAAGGAACGAGAUGAAUUUGACUACCUGCUCGACAAGUACCCAACUGAGGCAGAUCAAGGCUUACCACCUUACGGGGAUUCUGGGUCGGAAAACGAAUAUGACUCCGAUACAUGGCAGGAGAUCAAGAUCGAGGAACGGGAAGUAGAAAUCGAAAAGCAAAAAUCGAAAAUACUAUCUGGUCCAGAAGUUGACGGCAUUAUUGACAGAUAUAUUGAGCUCACUUCGCGAAAGUGGUGUGACCAGAAGCUGCCAAUUCAGCAACGUAAAGCUCAACGGCUGUGGUUGUCAUCGAGAAAGUGGGAUACAAAAUAUUCCGAAAUCAAAUCCGCACAGAGUACCAUUGCUCAUUUAGAGCGACGUUUGAAAGCACUUCGAAAGGCCAUAAAAGAUACUUCCUGGUCAAAGGUGAACGAGGUACAACAGCAAUGCCAGUCCAUGGAGGAGACUGUUUUCAAUAGGGAAGCGCAAAAGUGGAAAAUAUCUGUGUUAGAACUCGACACAUGUCCUCCAAAGCCUCCAUCUGCGGCUACUCCUGCCAAGCCUCCAAAGCCCUCGAUACCCGAGGAUGAGGAGUGGCUAAGCUCUGAAGGCAAUGAUGAAGAUAUCGAUGAUAUCAAUGACUUUAUUGUCCCGGACAAUGAUGUGCCUGUUUCGGAUCGAUCGGGGGAUAAAAGAGAGCCUUCCAGACCCGCUCCAACCUUACCCAGAGAGGCACAAGCUAGUGAAGAUGUUACUACACCCAGGUUUUUGCGAGAACAACGCGUUCAAAAUUCUAGUUCCUCAGAACCCAAGUCUGUUCGACAACGGUCUGCUGAGCAUGUUCCGUUGAAAAAUUCAACCUCACCGGCACAAUUACGAGAGAUGAAACAGUAUCUUCAAGGGCCGAUUGAGGUUGUAGAUUUAACUAAAAGCUCAGAUGAGACAUCUGAUCAUAAUUUCGAUAUUCAAACUCCGCCUCUGAAUCCUGUUAAUGAUACCGCACUUCCGCCUCCUUCACCGCGAUCGAAAUUGCUUCACGACUUCACUCGGGUUAAGAAAAAAAGACAGGGGACAUCAGAAUUACAGGUUUUGGACCCGGUAUACAUCGCGGAAACAGCCCGUAUAGGCUGGUCAGUGCUCGAGGAGCGACUCGACCGUGACCGUUUAUUGAGCAAACUAAUUUGGUCCAUGCUUCAGCAGGAGCGUCGUGAUUUGCACCAAUUAACCAAUUCAAUCGAAUUAGAAAAAGCAAAAAAGCGUGUCCGGAAAGCUUUACGCAGUGUAUUACAUCACUCCUAUCAAAUCCAAAAUAGUCGCAAGCAUACCCUAUUUUUGAGGAUAGCCGCACUUUAUACAUCCUGGCUUCGCUGCAAAAAGAUAUCGGCCAUGCAAGGCAUCCCAAAAGCGUUUAUUGAGGGUACACUGAGGGAUAAAAAUAGUUACGAUGUUUUUCAUCCUAAGCUUUGUGAAGCUCUCAAAGCAUUUUUAGACGUGAAAGAUCCGGUAACAAAGGCUGCUGCUGGGAAACCACCGGAAAUUUCCACAAACAAAAGUGAUGAGCCGGAACGUUCCACUUCCUCUCAAAUCUCUGGGGCUGAGCAAACUCAGGACCAGGAUCUUCAAGAACUUUCCUCAGGUUCUGAAAUCGAAGCACACCGCACUCCUCACAAAAAACGAAAAAGAGCUGUGAAAGAGAGUCAAGAAGCCAUGGACAGUCAGAGAAAUGCUCAGCGACGUGUUGAGCUUCAGGAAGAGCAACGGGAACUACUUGCCCGCAGGCUACGGGGAACGGGUAUAAGCAACACAGAUCCAGAACGGCAGGUCGUUAGCUUUGAUGAUCCGGUGAUAUAUCUUCAUCGUCACAUCGGUGCGCGAGUGAAACCCCACCAACUAAGCGGCAUUCAGUUCAUGUGGCGAGAAUUGAUCAAGGAUGAGAAACGCCAGGGGUGCCUUUUAGCUCACACAAUGGGACUGGGGAAGACGAUGCAGGUGAUAUCGCUUUUGGUGACCAUCGCCAAUGCCGCCGCCUCUGACGACCGUAGAGUGAGGAACCAAAUUCCCGAAGCCCUUCGACGUUCUCGUACCCUUGUGCUAUGUCCGUCCUCAUUAAUCGAAAAUUGGUGGGAGGAGCUUUUGAUGUGGACGCCUAGUGACUCUCAGACCAGCCGCAACAUUGGACCGUUUCGCAAAAUUUUGCCAACACUUCAACUUGAAGAACGCCUAGACGGGAUAGCGUCCUGGUACAUGGAUGGUGGUAUUUUGCUCAUGAGUUACGACAUUUUCAGGGCAUUGAUUCUCAAUAAAGCAACAAAAAUUCGGCCAUCAGCACUCGAUAGAAAAACUCAUGAAACAGUUAGGAAGCAUCUUCUUGAAGGGCCAAGCAUUAUUGUCGCGGAUGAAGCUCACAAGUUGAAAAAUAGAAAUGCGGGAGUUGCUGAAGCAUGUCGGGAAUUCACGUCAAAAAGUCGCAUUGCAUUAACAGGGUCUCCUCUUGCUAACAAUUUGAGUGAGUACUAUGCAAUGAUAGAUUGGAUCGCACCCGGCUAUCUUGGAGACUUCAUACAAUUCAAGGCCAAGUAUAUUGAACCGAUUCAGGAAGGCCUCUAUGCGGAUAGCUCACAGUGGGAACGUCGGCAGUCAUUAAAGAAGCUACAAGUUCUGAAAAAGGAUAUCGAUCCAAAGCUUAACCGAGCAGAUAUUUCAGUCCUCAAAGGGUCUCUUCCACCAAAAGUUGAGUUUGUAAUCACCGUUCCGUUAACUCCACUUCAGGAACAAGCAUAUAACACUUAUGUCGCUGCCCUUGCGGCUAAUAACGAUAAUGUUGGGAAUCCAAAACUAUGGGAUUGGUUGUCGAUCUUGUCACUUCUGUGCAAUCAUCCAGGUUGUUUUAUGGAGAAGCUCCGAGAUCGAAGCAAAGGUUUCCAGAAGCCGCCGUCAAGCCGGGUGUCCCCUGAUUCCGAUUCUGAAAUACCAGAGGACCCUUCGAUACCUCAGGUUCUCCUCUCUUCUGAGGUACUUGCAAGGAUAGAGAAAGAUUUCCCCACCGGCAUGGACAUGUGGUCACUCGAGCUGUCGCAUCGAGCACAAGUAGCGGAUCAAAUCAUUGAACGCUCUAUCGCGGCAGGGGACAAGGUGUUGUUAUUUUCACAUUCAAUCCCGACCCUCAACUAUCUUGAGCUUGUUUUAAAGCAAGCAAAACGAAGCUACUCCCGACUUGAUGGGAAAACGCCUAUUGCUACACGCCAGAUAGCUACGAAGAACUUCAACUCGGGUUUCGACUCGCAAGUUUAUCUGAUCUCAACAAGAGCUGGAGGGCUAGGCCUCAAUAUCCCGGGAGCAAAUCGGGUGAUCAUUUUCGACUUCCAAUUUAACCCUACAUGGGAAGAACAAGCCGUUGGGCGAGCGUAUAGGCUCGGGCAGCUUAAACCGGUAUACGUCUAUCGCUUUCUUGCAGGAGGGACAUAUGAGGAUGUUAUGCAUAAUAGAGCCGUUUUCAAAACCCAACUUGCAUUUCGCGUUGUUGACAAGAAGAACCCUAUCCGCUGGGCGUCCAAGAAUAUUAGUGACUACCUUUUUAGUCCAAAGUUCGUUCCACAAAAGGACCUUUCGGAAUUUAAGGGGAAAGACCCAGCGGUUCUUGAUAGGAUUCUUGCAGGGCAGAAAAACAUCAGAAAGAUCGCACUCACAGAAACCUUCCAACGUGAGGAUAACGACCAGUUGACUCCAGAGGAGGAAAAAGCCGUCCAGGAGGAGCUUGACGAUGAACGGCUCAAACGGAACGAUCCAGUUGCAUGGGCCAAAAAGCAGCAGGUGCAAGAGCCACAAGUAACGCCUCGACGAUCAAUUUUUCCUCAUUCUCAUCCUCUGUCGAUCAUGAGAAGCGCUCAACAUCCUUCCAGUUAUAGAGCAUCUGAUCUUGUACCUUUAUCUGCAAAUUCUAUCCCGCCAAUGACCAGCCUGGCCGUAGGUCCACCUGCGCUGACACCAGACACAAGCCUCUUCAGACCUGCCAACCAACCAAGGUUCACAAAUGAGACCAGGGUAUUGUCAUCGUUCUUCUCCGAUAUCAACGGAAAUGCGGCCCUAACACCACUGGCGCCGUCCCAAGCCAGCCCCAACGGCCCAUUACUGCCCAAUGGCGACGCAAAUCAACCUUCUAUUCCACCACCACCACCACCACCAGCAACAGCAGCAAUAGCAUCAUCCAGCAAUAUUCCGAGCAGCUCAAAAGUGGUCAUCAGUCAAAAGAGACCUAACAAUGUGGACAAAGACGACGGACAUGUAACAGGAACCAGUAAUGGAAGUAAACGUCUAGCAAUCGGGCAGGAAAACCAAGUCGAGACAAAUGCUAUCUCUGCUGUUGGAAAAGAAAGCGAGACACCUCAAUCUAAGACCGGGAGGCAACAGUCGUACCCAGAGACUUUUACCCUAUGA